GCGCCCGCGCCCCCGCCCGCCACCACGCCCCUCGACGAGAAGCCGUCGCUCGUAGAGGAGAAAUUGACGCAGCUGGUCAAGGCGGAGGAGCAGGUGCUGAAGAAGAUCGAAGAGGUCAUCCUCUUCGUCGAAGAGACGUCGAAAAGGGCGGACAUGCGGGCGGACAGAGACGCGGCGGAAGAGAGGCCGGAAAGAGAUGAAAUCUAUUCGACUGCUCCCAAAGAUGAGCCCGACGCCAUUGCAACGCGUGCCAGAGAAAUUGAAGAUAUAAUUUCUCAAAUAGCAGAAACAACAGACGCAGACGUGCCGCACGCUCGAUAUGUAGAAGCGGUAAAAACUGUAGAACAUUCGUCACCAACGGAAAGAGAAUGGAAAGAAUUCUUACCAAUUGAAGAAAAAGAAACUACAUUAACUGUACAAGAAUUAAAAGAAGUUUACACAGAAAGACUGAAAAAAGAAAUAAGACUUAAAGAUAUUGAAAUUUUAGAGUCACAAAUACUAGAUUACGCAACUGAAACAGGCGACAAGACAAUCAUGCACAAAGAAAUGCCCCAUGUUCAAACUCUCAAAGAGGAACUAGAAAAAGAAAUAAAAUUAAAAAGAGAUGACACAUUAACGCCAGAAAUAGAAAAAGAUAUCGAAAUUUCAGAAAAAUCCAUCAUGCAUGAAGAAAUGGAACAUGUGCGACAAAAAGAACAUUUAACCGAGGUAAGAGAAAUAACAUUUACUAAAAAAAUAACCAAGGAACCUACACUACUUACUAAAACAAAACCACAACCAACAAAACACCUCACGAAACAAAUUAUAACAGCACCAGA